CACACUUUGCGAAAUAAGCCGCUCCCGAAAGACCGUCUCUCCGCUCUGCCAUACAAGCGGUGCCGUGGGGCGGACGGACGGACAGCAGGCUGACCCCUCGGGGGGAGAUCGGGGAGGUGCUCAGUCGCACGCUACCACACGCCUAGAGGAAUGGAACUCAGCUAAUCGUGGAGAAGAAGCUCCCUCUCCGAAGCUCCACUUGCCAUUGAGAGUCCCUCUGAUCUCCUGGGACUGCUUUGCUUUCUUACUGAGGCACACCAAAAUCUUCACAUCUGGACGUGAUCUUGUAGCAGUGGAUUCUGCUUUUGUCUUUCGGGAUUGAAGUCUUCAGUCUUCUUCAGGAAAAAAGCAAGACAAAGGGUGGACAGCCCAAACUCGCGUGAGUGAGUUAAACUCCGCAGCUGCAGCCUUGGGGGGGGGGGCCACAUCCUGCCAGGUGACUAAGACUUCAGGACGGGGGAGGGGGACCUAACGUUUCUUGCAGCUUUCGAGCACACGGAUGAAGCUGGUCUCCAUGAGCGUUUGCAACAGAGGUGUGUUCGUUGCCUUGCGUGAAAAAUAAGGAGCACCCAACUCGGUCGUCGAGGAUCAGAAAGCUCUUGUGACAGACGCAGCAGUCUUUCCCAAGGCAUCACAAUGCUCGGUUAUGCCACCGCCAACUCCGGCUGAAUCCAAGGACAGUGGAUUUAAUUGUUUCCUUUAAUGAUUCCUUGGGCAGUUUCCCCUUAGGAUGAAUGAUUCCGCCCCGCUGCUGGACAGUUCUGGAAUCAACUAUGCCUGCCCAAAAAAUGACGACUUCAAGUACAAUCUAUACAUUAUUGUGUUCAGUAUUGUGUUUGUGGUUGGUUUCAUUACCAACAUGGCAGCAAUGUACAUCUUCUUAUGUUCACUGAAGCUGCGCAACGAGACUACGACCUACAUGAUUAAUCUGGUGGUGUCAGACUUGCUUUUUGUCCUCACGCUGCCCAUGCGCGUUUUCUACUUCAUCAACCGGGACUGGCCCUUUGGCGUUGUGCUCUGCAAGCUCUCCGUCUCAUUGUUCUACAUCAACAUGUAUGGAAGCAUGCUUUUCCUCACCUGCAUCAGCGUGGACCGCUUUCUGGCAAUCGUGUACCCCUUCCCUUCAAGGAUGCUCCGCACCAAGGGCAAGGCCAAGGCAGUCUGCUUUGGCGUGUGGGCACUAGUGCUGGCUGGCAGCCUGCCCACAGGCUUCCUCCUAGACGGUGCCACCUCGCCCAACUCCAGCGACACAAAACAGUACUGCUUUGAGAACUUUUCCUCCAAGCAGUGGAAGCUGCACUUGUCCAAGGUGGUUAUCUUCAUUGAGACUGUGGGCUUCCUCAUCCCACUGUUGCUCAACGUCUUCUGCUCCGCAAUGGUGCUGCGGACACUGCGCCAUCCCCAAACGCUUGGUCGGGGUGGGAAACUGAAUAAGACUAAAAUCCUGCACAUGAUUGUGGUGCAUCUCCUCAUCUUCUGCUUCUGCUUCAUCCCCUACAAUGUGAACCUGGUCUUCUACGCCAUGGUGCGCACCAAGAUCAUCAAGGGCUGCUUCGCCGAGUCCGUGGUCAGGAUCAUCUACCCCGUCGCCCUGUGCAUAGCUGUCUCCAACUGUUGCUUUGAUCCUAUUGUCUACUAUUUCACCUCGGAGACCAUCCAGAACUCCAUCAGGCGAAAGUCCCAAAUGAACCGAAGCCUGGAUGUCAGGUUCUCUGAGGCCCUGCCAUCAGAGGCCACCCUCAGCUUUCACAAUAGUCUCAGAGCUCUCAGGACCAAGGUGUUUCACACAGAGUCCAGCGUCUGACUGGCCAGGUGGCCAAAGAAGCCGAUGGAU